AUGUCCUCUGUGAGUACUCGGCGUGCGCCUAAGUCGCAAGGAGGGCUGGCCCGGCUGGUAUCCAAAUUCGAAAACCUUGGAACAUCAAAGACGCCUCAAGAUAUUGGAUCAGCAGGUGAAAUCAGAAACGAUCCGAUUCCCGCCUCCAAAAUUUCAGAUGCUCGGCCAGUGCAGAAAAAUGCAAGAGAUCGCGUAGUCGGCUCAUCAAAAACCUUGGCACCGCCAUCUCUGGAUCCUACAAUUGCCACAAGAGGCCGGUUGGAAACGCCUCUCAAAGAUAGCCAUGCUGGGACCACUGCAACUCCAUCGCCCAAAGUUGGGAAACUGAUCUCAAGGAGAGGCUUGGCGGUUGCGGACAUGAGGAGAUUGUUCGAGCGAGGAAAUGAUAAGACUGUUACUUCAAAUGUUGCGCGAACGACUACCUAUGAACCUAAACGCGUUGCUUCACCUACCACGAUCACCGAGUGUAAUGACCAUAAACCGUUCUCUCUUGCGAAUAGCCCCAUGAAGGGAUCGUCGGCCGUAAACGAUUCGGGGACACUGGCGAAUCGGCAAGAAGAAAGAGACAUUGUUCCCGACCUGGUUGAGCAUCCCGAAUAUCUGCCACGGCCGCUCACUUCGCCCGAUCGCUUCUCUAGACCCCCAGGAGAGGGCAAAGCUGCUAUCGAAGACAAUAAAAGCACUUGGCAAAGAAAUGAACCCCGAUUCAAGAUACAGGGUGGUGUAUUUUUACACAAGACUCCUGCUCCGCUCAAAAAUAUGGUGGUUACAGACGUAGGGACCUGGCGCCCAAAGCCUCUCGACACAUCCGAGGUGGUCUUGCACUCUGGGGGCGGAAACUUGGGAAAUGGUGGCCAACAUUUGAAGAGGCACCCACGGACAGACACAGCCAACGACAAACAGCCACUUCUGCAAAAUAAGGCUGAACAGGGCUCUGUGCGACCGGCUUCCACACAAGAUGGCUCCCAGCCGCCUCGUUCCGGAACUUUGUCUGGAAACGGCCGGAGGCUCAAAGAGACGAUUGGUCUUUUUGAGUCAAUGAGCCACCAAGCCAAUAGAGAUGACGGAUUGGGGAAUAUUCCCAAGAUAUCUUCGUCUCCGACAUUCCAAAGGACUGCCGCUACGAAGGGUAAUCUUGCUAGUGACAAACUCGAGCGGGCAGCAGCCAAAUCUGAGGACGUACCACCUCCUCCCAGACUGUUGUCACCGACAGAAGAUCGACCUCCACGGCCAUACGCACGAUCACCAGGCGUAGAUAGUGCCAGCAGCCAGGCUAGUGAUAUCACGCCCUUGCUCUACACGACACCGUCCAUGAUCAAGACAAGGCGCCAUGAGAAACACUUUGUAAGAUACAAUAUCGACGGUGAGGCAGGGUUCGACUUUGAGCAGAAAUACCACAAGAUUUCGUGCGAUGAGACAUGGACAGAUGGCAGCGAGGCUUCCUCUACUACCCACGAACCUAUGAUUACAGACCGCCACCCUUCCCUUCGCCUUUUGCGUCGGCGUCUGAUGUCUCGUAGCCAUGGGCUGUUUGUUUCAGAGGCUCACUGUACUCUUGAGCAGCCGCAGCCAGUGCGAAACAAUGAGCUACGGAAUCUUCCUAGUCUUUUUGGAGAGAGGAUGGCUGUAUUGAGGGCACGAGCUCAGACGGAGUAG